AUGAGCAAAAUUGUUGAAAGUAGAGAAAUUAUAAAAAAUUUGAUCAAUCUAAUUUGGAAAGUAACUGAAAAAAAAGUUGUCACUGUUACUUUUAAUAGCCAGUUACACUUAGCAACCAUCUUCUUAGAUAAUGGAAUUAACACUACUCUAAAUUUGGAAGUACCAAAAGACACUGAUGAUAAUCAAAAUGUGAAGAAUGCUAUGGACCUAAAAAAGAAUUUUGUGACUUUUGUGUUUGUUCUGUAUGCAAAAAAAGGAGAUCGAGGUCAUAUUCUCCUGUGUAAUGGAUUUUGUAGUAAAGGCUUUCAUACCAGUAAAGAAUAUGGAAGUACCUAUGAUGAUGAAGUAGUAAAUGAUAAACAAAGUAUUCAUCAAACUAUAGGAAAUCCAUCUGAAGAAGAUAAAAAUAUUUCUGAAGAGCAAGUUAAAGGCAAACAAAAGGAACUAUUUGAAUCAAAUUCUGAUUCUGAUGAUGUUGAAAAGGCUUAUAAUAAAAAGAAAAGACUAUCUUGUGAUCCAACAAAUCUACAAGAAAUGUUUUUACAACAUAUUGAUUUUAAUAAAGUUCUAACACCUGUAUCAUUGGAAUCAUCAUUGCCAAACCAUUUACAAAGUGUUGAAGAUUGUCAUGAAUAUGAAAUCAGCACUAAGUUAUAUCAUUGUUUGAAAACCAAAGGAUUAAUCUUGCAUGUGGAUUCAAAUAAAAACAAUUAA